AUGAGAGCUACGAAUUCAUCUUCAGUCACUCGAUCUUCUUCCAGCAAUUUAUCAUGCAGAAAACUAAAUAAAAAAAGAAAGAUUCCAAAUAUAUCUCAUAUACCCAUUUUGGACCUAACAUCAGAUGAAGAUUUACGUGAUCAACAGAUUCAUCAACAAUUAAUAUCAGAUUACUUGGACCAUGGUGACCAGACUUUUGUGUGUACGAUGGGUCAUGCACAAUUAUGGACAUAUGAAGCUCUUAAAGGCAAUACUUCUGGAAAGAAAACUUCUUAUUCCAUGUGUUGUGGUAACGGAAAAGUUGAGCUUCCUGAAUUAAAAGAAGCUCCAACAAAUUAUCAAAAUCUCUUUCGUAAUGUUGAUCCAAAAGGAAAAAAUUUCAUGAAGAAUAUUCGUCGAUUCAAUUCGAUUACACAGAACGAAGGGUGCACAUCAACUUCUCAUUCUCUUGAUAUUGAAAUCAUUAGCUUUUUGAAGGUCAUGUUGGAUUCAAUCAAUGAGCUGGUUAAGUGUUAUAGAAUGGCCAGAGACUGUUUUGAUGAAAAUCCUCAUAUAGAUCUAAAGUUACGUCUUAUAGGAAGAAGGAAACAAGAUGGAAGGACAUAUAACUUACCUACUGCUUCUGAGGUUGCUGCUUUAAUUGUUGGUGACAUUGGUGAUGCAAUUGAUAAUAGAGAUAUCAUCGUAACAACUAAAUCAGGAAGUCUACAACGUAUAAACGAAUUACAUCCGGCUUACCUUGGUCUUCAGUACCCACUACUCUUUCCAUAUGGAGAUGAUGGAUAUAGAGUUGACAUACCUCACAGAGAUGUUGAUCAUUCAACUAAUACCAAACGUCGUUUCUGUACAAUGAGAGAAUUCUUUGCUUAUAGAAUUCAAGACAGAGUUAAUGUUUUUUCAUUAAUUCUUAAUUCAAGAAGGCUUUUUCAACAGUUUCUGGUUGAUGCUUAUACGAUGAUUGAAACUGAGAGACUAUAUUACAUACGCAACCAGUUUCUUGCUGACACCACACUUAAUCCCGAAGAUAGGCCUGAUAUCUUGUCUAGAUUAUUCAAAAUUACGUUGGAUUCUUUGAUUAAAGACUUAAAGAAGAAGAGGUUAUUAGGUUCGGUCCAAGCAGUUGUUUAUACGGUGGAGUUUCAAAAGCGUGGUCUGCCUCACGCACAUAUAUGUUUAUUCAUGCACUCUGAUUACAAACUUCCUACUGUUGAACAUAUUGAUCGAGUUAUUUCGGCUGAAAUUCCAAACAAAGACGAUGAUCCAGAAUUGUACUCACUUGUCAGUGAGUUCAUGAUGCAUGGUCCAUGUGGUUCUGAUAAUCCUAAAUGCCCAUGCAUGAGUGAAAACAAGUGUUCAAAAAACUUCCCGAAGCCAUUCUUGGAGAAUACUUCCGUUGAUUCAAAUGGUUAUCCUAUAUAUAGGAGACGUAAUGAUGGAUCUUUUAUAGAAAAGUCGGGUGUUAAGUUAGACAACAGAAGUGUUGUUCUAUAUCACAAAACCCUUUUGAAACGAUAUCAGGCUCACGUUAAUGUUGAGUGGUGCAAUCAAGCGGCUUCCAUCAAAUAUUUGUUUAAAUAUAUUAACAAGGGUCCUGAUCGGGCUACUGUUGAAGUUUCACAAAACAACAACGGAGGUGAUAAUGAUGAUGCUCCAGUUGAUGAAAUAAAGGACUACUAUGAUUGUAGGUAUUUGUCUGCAUGUGAAGCUUCGUGGCGUAUAUAUGGAUUUGAUGUUCAUUACAGAUAUCCGUCAGUUGUAAGGCUUCCGUUCCAUCUUCCUAGAAAAUAA